AGUUGAAUCAUUGUUGACGAAUUUUUACAUGGCUUGGUUAGAUUGUCGAGAGCUGUCGUUCUUAUACAGUCAUCAGUUUAUUGGGUAUCGUGGACAAUCCCGACAGUUGAAAUCAACUUGUAGGUUUGUUGGAUGCUUCGAAACAGUCAUACGCCGUCAUAAGUUGUCAAAGUCGAGUUAUUCGCUUCGAAUGGAAGAACAGAAUAGAAUUCCAGAUGAACCUGAACUUCCGCCUUUUCUUGAUGAAGAACAGGCGAAGAGAUAUGGUUACGUGAUGCCCUCUGAUCCUGAAGAUGAUUUGGAAAUUAGAAUGAAUGCGAAAUAUAAGGAUCCUGAGGAGUCUUUGCCUCUCCACUAUUCAGCUUUAGGAGGCAUUAGGCGACCUGCCCGCCAUCCUUUUGGUAAAGCUGCUAGAUAUUCCUCUUAUGAUGAAGUUCGGGAAGAAGUUUUAAGAAUGGAGCCCUAUGUUCCGAUAUAUCCAACGGAAGUGAUUGCUGAAAAGAUUGGAAAGCGAGUAGACGACAUAGUCAAGUUGGAUGCUAAUGAGAAUCCUUAUGGACCUGCACCUUCAGUAUUCAAAGUCUUAUCGAACGCUUCAUAUCUUCAUUUGUAUCCAGAUCCUGAGUCACGCUUCCUGAGGAAGAAGAUUGCAGAAUAUGUUGGAGUUCAUGAAGAACAGAUUAUUACAGGCGCAGGUGCUGAUGAUUUGAUUGAUAUGAUUUUCCGUCUGUUUAUAUGUCCUGGAGUGGGAGAUUCGAUAGUUAUAUUUCCGCCAACUUUUGGAAUGUAUAAAUUUGAUGCUGAUCUUUAUGAGGCACAUGUCUUUUAUGCUUGGCGUGAAGAUUCAACUAUUCAGAAAUUGCCAAUAGAUAGAGUAAAGGGUUUGUUUGAACCAGAGACUUUGGGACCUUUUCCAAAGAUUGCUUUUAUUGCGUCUCCCAAUAAUCCUGACGGUUCUGUUGUUUCGGAUGAUGAUUUGAAAGAAUUGUUAGACUUGCCUAUGACAGUUGUUUUGGAUGAAGCUUAUUUUGAGUUUUCAGGAAAGACUCACGUGGAUUGGUUGAAAGACUACGACAAUUUGAUAAUCUUACGUACCUUUUCUAAAUGGGCAGGUUUAGCUGGACUUCGACUCGGUUAUGGUAUUUUCCCUGAAAGUAUUGUGAGUCAAGUAUGGAAGAUAAAGCAGCCUUAUAAUGUUAAUGUAGCUGCUCAAUUAGCGGGAAUAGCAACGUUGGAGGAGAAGGAUUUGAUGCUUCAACGAGUGGAAAAGAUAAAGUUGGAACGUGAAAGAUUUUAUCAACGUAUUUCUUCUUAUCAAUCUUGGCUCAUUCCUUAUCCAUCAGAAGCCAACUUUGUUCUAUGUCAAGUUAAAGGUGGAAGAAAUGCUCGGGACAUUUAUAACAAGUUGAUGAAAAGAGGAAUAUUGAUUCGAUAUUAUGAUACGAAGGCACUUUCUAACUGUAUUCGCAUUUCUAUGGGAACUCCACAACAAAUGGAUAUUUUAUAUGAUGCAUUGGAUACUUUAUAAAGUUGCUAUAAGUAAAUGGAGAAUAUUCUUU